AGAACUGUGAGUGCAAGUUGUCGGGAAAUGGGUUUUUUUUAUGGUUCAUCAGAUGUUCUAUUUUCGUAUACAUUUAUAACAUGCAACGCUGCUGGAUUGUAACUUUGUAACCGGGUUUCGGACCGGCUUUAGGAGUGAAGGCGUGGGACGAAACCCGCUUGAUCUAAAGAGAAAAAAGGCUACAGCGAAGAAGAAGAAGAGACCAGAGGAAAUAGUGGUGAAUUGAAGGAUGCGACUGCGAGACAACAAAUGAUGCACGCGUGUCACCUGUAAUUUCGCGUGUAAUUUCAUUUCCCCUGUAGGUAAAUGUAACCCAAAUAUAAUUCGGCUUGGAUAGUUGUUAAUAUAAUUUGGUAUCAACCCCCUCACACACCCGAUCGCUGCUUUUCCGCCUGAAGAAGAAUAGACACCAAGCUUUUGUCCUCCUCUUUUGUCCUCUGCUGAUUUUAAAAACACCAAGAGGAACACACUGGGAUAGCCUAUACAACCGGAUUGAAAAUCUAGGCAAGGCAAGAUGAUAUGAGGUUGGACCCUUCUGACUUUAAUGUGGGUGCUUCACAGGUCGUGGCUUUCAGCCUCUAUUGGCUCUAUCCAUGAGAAAUAAUGCUUCCCUAUUGGCUGGAUUGCGGUGCACAUGCUAUAACAACAGGAUAUGCAAAGAGCUAUGGGCUGAUCUAAUAGCCUAUCAUGUUUCCCGCAUGCUUUUUUUGACCGAAAUCUAUAUUUUCUUUUAUUGGAUGUCAACUGCCUACUUGAAUCAAAUGGUUUGGAUUCCAUAAUAAUAAUAAUAAUAACAACAUUCAUAAUAAUUAAUAAUGGACCUGCCACAGUCAAGCUGACGGCUGUUUUAUCUCACAAAGCAGUUGUGCCUGUGUAGUAAAGCUGCUGAAGAAUGUUUAAGUAUGGGAUCCGUAUGUUUUUCAAUGAACUCAAAGUGUUGUUACUGAUGCGCUCUGGAUCAAGCAGGAGGACUGACACGGGCACAGACCCGGACACGCAGACCAGGAUGCGAGGGCUCGCUAUAGGAGGCUGUGGUUGGCCGCCGUUGAACUGCUCUCACCGGGAUGAUGAGGAUGAAUAUUAUGGCUCUGACUCCCGGCCACGCAGCCUGGCAUUGGAGGAAACAGAAGAAGAGAAACACAAGGGAGGAGGCCUGGACACCGCUUCCCUCCCGAGUCUCUCAGAGAGCGGGAUGCGAUCACCGCAGUGCCGGAUAUGCUUCCAGGGGCCGGAGAAGGGGGAGUUGUUGAGCCCUUGUCGCUGUGCUGGCUCUGUGCGCUGUACUCACCAGUCCUGCCUUAUCCGCUGGAUCAGUGAGAGAGGCUCCUGGAGCUGUGAGAUCUGCUACUUCAAGUACCAGGUUUUGGCCAUCAGCACCAAGAACCCACUGCAGUGGCAGGCCAUCUCUCUGACUGUGAUUGAGAAGGUGCAGAUUGCAGCCAUUAUCCUGGGCUCUAUGUUCCUGAUCGCCAGUAUCUCCUGGUUAGUGUGGUCCUCUCUCAGCCCUUCAGCCAAAUGGCAGCGUCAGGACCUUCUCUUCCAGAUAUGCUACGGCAUGUACGGCUUCAUGGAUAUAGUUUGUAUAGGCCUUAUAAUCCAUGAAGGAUCGUCUGUUUACCGGAUCUUUAAGCGCUGGCAAGCAGUGAACCAACAGUGGAAAGUGCUGAAUUAUGAGAAAGCAAAGGACUUAGGUGACCCCAUCAGUUCCAGCAUUAAAGGUCGUGUUGAGAGGAACUCAGACAGCGGACGGAGGGCAAGUCGACCUGUCAGGACUAUUCUUAACCACCACUGUGGCUAUACCAUUUUGCACAUCCUCAGCCAGUUAAGACCCAACAGCCUGCGCAGAGCCAACCAUGAGGUGGUCAUGAGGGUGACCACUGUAUGAGGCUGGGUUAUACAGACAAAAGUGCUACGAUGUUUAAGGAGGAGAUCAAAGUGUUGAUUUGGAUUUUAUUAAAGAAUCCUGAUCUGCCACAUAAACACUGCCCUUAACUUCUAGGCUCACAUUUUGCUUGCAGAAUCUCCCUGAGCUCAAAGUGGACAACAAGAAAUAUUUCUGAGAUUUCGACAAAGGGAGAACGUUGCAGUUUUAUCCGAGUUUUUAAACUGCAAAAGCAGGACUAAUGAGAAAAAGCUAUUAGCCAUUU